ACCGUCCGGCUUGUACUCAACGACGCCGCCAACAGACCAGUCGCCUUGAAAAAUCCGUUGACACGUCAGAGGUCAACCGGGAGGCACUAGUAUUAUCACGAAAAACACUACCCUUUAACCAAAAGUCACCAUGGGAGCAACUCGGGCUGCAAAGGAAGUUUACUUCCAAAAGCUGAAGGACCUCAUCUCCAAGUACCCCUCCAUCUUCUUGGUCAAUGUCGACAACGUCGGUUCCAACCAGAUGCACCAGAUCCGAGUUGCACUCCGUGGCAAGGGUGUCGUCUUGAUGGGCAAGAACACCAUGGUUCGCCGUGCCAUCCGUUCCAUCAUCACCGAGUUCCCCCAGCUUGAGCGUCUCGUGCCUCACGUCAAGGGGAACAUCGGCUUCGUCUUCACCUCCGCUGAUCUUAAGGAGAUCCGUGACCUCAUCACCGCCAACAAGGUUGCCGCCCCCGCUCGUGCCGGUGCUCUCGCGCCCAAGGAUGUCUUCGUUGCUGCUGGUAACACUGGCAUGGAACCUGGCAAGACUUCUUUCUUCCAGGCUCUUGGUAUUCCCACCAAGAUUGCCCGUGGUACCAUCGAAAUUGUCUCUGAGAUCAAGGUCGUCACUGCCGGGACCCGUGUCGGUCCUUCCGAGGCUGCCCUGCUGAAUAUGUUGAACAUCUCCCCCUUCACGUACGGUAUGACAGUCGUCCAGAUCUUCGACUCUGGCAACAUCUUCUCUCCGGACGUUCUCGAUGUCAGCGAUGAGGAGCUCUUGGGUCGCUUCCUGACGGGUAUCAAGACCAUCGCCGCCCUGUCUUUGGCUCUCCACUACCCUACUCUUGCAUCAGUUACCCACUCUUUGGUUAACUCCUACAAGAACCUGAUUGCCAUUGCUCUGGCUACUGACUACACUUUCGAGGGUGCCGAAAAGGCUAAGGAGUACUUGGCGAAUCCUGAGGCAUUCGCUGUUGCCGCUGCACCUGUCGCAGAGUCUGCUGCUGCCGCCGAGGUACCCAAAGCUGAGGAGAAGGAGGAGGAGAAGGAGGAGUCUGAUGAGGACAUGGGCUUCGGUCUGUUCGAUUAAGUAUUGCCAUGACCUGUUAUCAUACCACUGCUACUGCGUGUAUCUAUAUCUCCCCAUCUCAUGCAAACG